UGGCGACGGCCGCCGCCAUCUUGGACGCCGCUCGGCGCUGGAGAACAGUUAAAAAAGAAAACAGGGCUCUGACACGAACACGUACACCGCCCCCACCCCCGUCCUCACCCCACUGCCACCUUGCCCACAACCGCCCUCCCACCGCCCUGGAGCCAUGAAGACCGCCGGGGUGAAAGGAGAGGAGGGGGAGGAGGAGGACGACAGCAGUAACGGAGUGGGCUUGGCCUACCCAGACUGGGCCUACAAGCCUGACUCUAGCCCCGGGAGUCGCCAAGUCCAGCUCUGGCACUUCAUCCUGGACCUGCUGCGGAAGGAGGAAUACCGGGAAGUCAUCGCCUGGCAGGGAGAUUACGGAGAGUUUGUCAUCAAGGACCCAGACGAGGUGGCUCGGCUCUGGGGAAUGAGGAAGUGUAAACCGCAGAUGAACUAUGACAAGCUCAGCCGAGCCCUCAGGUAUUACUACAACAAGAGAAUUCUCCACAAAACCAAAGGGAAACGAUUUACUUAUAAGUUUAACUUCAAUAAAAUGCUGAUGGUGAACUAUCCCUUCAUCGACGUACGAGGAUCUGGUGCCGUGCCCCAGAGCGCUCCCCCCAUCCCCAGCGGCUCCUCCCUGUUCACCUUCCCGGGCCCGGAGCCCCUGUCCCCGGGUUGUUGCAGCAGCAGCGCCGCUCCCGGGCUGGUGCUGGCGGCUGCAGCCCCCCGCCGCCGCCGGGCCUCCCCGGAGCAGGAGGCGGCCGAGGCCAGGCUCCGCUACCCGCCCCCUGGCCCCGGCCCCGCCGUGCGGCUGUACCAGCCGGAGCCGCUCAGCCCCUUCUCCCCCGGGGCCCCGCCGCCGCCGCCGCUAGGGCCGGGCUUCGGCCUGAGCCCGGGCCCAGGCCCCGGCCCCGGGGGGGUGCGCUUCAGCUUCAACCCGGAGGAGAUGAGCCUGUGGCUGCAGGCCCACGCCCGCUCCGUCUACCAGUACCACCUGAGCCCGCGCUCCUUCCCGCUGCCGCGGUACCCGGCCCCGGCCCCCCGCCCGCUCCCCCCCGGCCCCGGGGACCAGCCGCCCGCCCCCAGCAUCAGGCUCCAGGCCCCGCCGCCCGGCCGCAAGCCCCGCGCCGCCGACCCGCCCCAGGCUGGGCCCAGCCCAGUGCCUCCGCAGCCGGCCCCGGCCCCGGCCCCCAGCUCCGCCGCCGCCGCCCCCCCCCCGCGGGGCCGAGCCCGGCAGCUCCCUCAUGCCCCUCAAACUGCGCUUCAAGCGGCGCUGGGUGAGCGAGAACGGCGCGGACACCGAGCCCGGCCCCGCACCCGGACCGGGACCGGAGCGUUCACAAUGAGUGCGGAGUUCCUUGCUGUGAAACCGUGCAUUUUGAAGGAUUUUGCAUUAAAGGCGGGUAGAAAUUUGGGGCGCCGUAAUGGGGGAGCUAUCAGAAGACUGGAGGAUUACAAACAUUACGGCCUGGACCAAUAA